AUUCUUUUUUUGCAUUACCAGUUUUAAAUCCACAUAUUUUUGUGUUAGCAAAUAAUAGAAUUGGAAUUGAUGUUUUUCAAUUCCAUGAUUCGAAUUCCGUGUACGAAACGGAGCCUGAAAUUUUUCCCAGAAUUAGACUAUUGUUAUCCUCGUAUGGAGUCACCACUAGACAAGAACAACAACAAUCCGUCUCACCGCGAGAGAGGUGUUGAGAAUCAUCCUGUCGGUGUGGUAUUGCAUAACAUGCGAAGGCUGCUGCAACGGGAAAAAGUGACUGCAAAGGAAGAGAGGAAGGCCACUUGGUUCGAUUGACACUCAUCCAAGGAAGAAAAGGACGAGUGCGGCACAAACUAAUCCAUUACACAUCGAUGUUGAACAUCCAUCCCAUGAGAUUAUCUCUGAUUAUAGUUAUGUCCAUGAAUCAUUACUGGAGGACGCUCCGAUGUUCGAUAUGAUUCAAGAGAAUAAAGAAAUCUCAAUGGAUUAUGAAAGUGCACAUAUAUUACUAGAAAGAUCUUUA